GCGGGGCCGUGCUGGCCGCUGCCUCUGGCCCUUGGCCCUAAUCCCCCUCUCGGGCCCCUUAAAUUGCAGCUACAACGUUCUUGGCGUUUCUCCGGGUGUUGGGCUCUUCCCUACUCGGAUCGUGUCCUAGGAAUGUCCUAACUGUACCCGUGGGGAGAACUUCACCCUAAGCCCGGGAUUCCACUCCAAGACCUGGAAGUUGACACCUUGGCUGCCCCGCUCCUGGAUUUGCCGCCUCCUCUCACCAUCUCAUUUCUUCUCCCAGGAUUGCAGUGGGUUCCCCCCGAGGAGAGCUGACUGCCCUCUGCUGCUGCCGACCUUUUGGCAGAGUUAAGCCAAAAUGUCCCCGGAAUCUAAAAAGCUUUUCAACAUCAUUAUUUUAGGAAUUGCCUUUAUGUUUAUGUUCACCGCCUUUCAAACUUGUGGAAAUGUAGCGCAAACUGUCAUCAGGAGCUUAAAUAGCACAGAUUUUCACGGCAGUGGCUAUACCAGCAUGGCAAUUAUUUAUGGAGUGUUCUCUGCUUCAAAUUUGAUUACGCCGUCAGUGGUUGCCAUUGUAGGACCUCAGCUCUCUAUGUUUGCUAGUGGUUUAUUUUACAGCAUGUACAUUGCCGUUUUUAUCCAGCCUUUCCCGUGGUCCUUCUACACAGCCUCUGUUUUCAUUGGAAUUGCAGCUGCUGUACUUUGGACAGCACAAGGAAACUGCCUGACAAUAAAUUCAGAUGAGCACACUAUUGGGAGAAACAGUGGCAUUUUCUGGGCACUCCUACAAUCCAGCUUGUUCUUUGGAAAUCUCUACAUAUAUUUUGCUUGGCAAGGGAAAACUCACAUAUCAGAGAGUGACCGAAGAACAGUGUUUAUCGCCCUGACAGUGAUUAGCCUUGUGGGGACAGUUCUCUUCUUUCUCAUUCGGAAACCAGAUUCCGAAAAUGUCCUGGGAGAAGAUGAAUCUUCUGAUGACCAGGACCUGGAUGUCAACGAGUCUGCCCAGAACAAUAUGACAAAGGCAGUAGAUGCAUUUAAAAAGUCUCUUAAGUUAUGUGUCACCAAGGAGAUGCUCCUUCUUAGCAUUACAACUGCUUAUACAGGUCUGGAAUUGACUUUCUUCUCUGGUGUAUAUGGAACCUGUAUCGGCGCUAUAAAUAAAUUUGGAACAGAAGAGAAAAGCCUCAUUGGACUUUCUGGCAUUUUCAUUGGCAUUGGAGAAAUUUUAGGUGGAAGCCUCUUUGGCCUGCUGAGCAAGAAUAAUCGUUUUGGUAGGAAUCCAGUUGUGCUGUUGGGCAUCCUGGUGCAUUUUAUAGCUUUUUAUUUAAUAUUUCUCAACAUGCCGGGGGAUGCCCCUAUUGCUCCUGUUGAAGGAACUGAUAGCAGUGCUUACAUCAAACCCAGCAAAGAAGUUGCCAUCUUCUGCAGCUUUCUGUUGGGGCUUGGAGACAGCUGCUUCAACACCCAGCUGCUUAGUAUUCUAGGUUUUCUCUAUUCUGAAGACAGUGCACCGGCUUUUGCAGUCUUUAAAUUUGUGCAGUCCAUUUGCGCAGCCGUGGCAUUUUUCUACAGUAACUACCUUCUCCUUCAUUGGCAACUCCUGGUCAUGGUGAUGUUUGGGUUUUUUGGAACUGUUUCCUUCUUCACUGUGGAGUGGGAAGCUGCUGCCAUUGUAGCCCGGGGCUCUGACUACCGAAGUAUUUGAUGAAGGGUGCGCACGAGAGGAGGCUGCCUCUUCAGACAGCUCGGCUGGGCGGUAGGGCUCGGUGGAGGAGGCCCGCUCUCAUCUUCACAGUACAUUGGAGGAUGUUUAGGAUGGAACAUCAGAGAUUUAAGACUGCUAAAUCUGCCAGAGUUGGUAUUCAAGUUUACAGAUGUUAGUUGUUUAAAACUAGUGGAAUAAGGGAGACUUGUACUGUCGAUUAUGAUUGUUCAAAGAUGAUGUUUUUUCAGUUCAUCUGUCUCGCGUUCCUUUUGAUCAUGUUAUAAACGUGUAGGUGUUUUCUUCUCCCCCUGUUCUCUUUGAACGAUCAUGUUUUGAUUGAAACUACUAGGCCAUAUGUCAUAUAAAGACUCCUGCUGGGUAUGGCGUAUGUGUUACUAUGUAAUAAAAGGGAGCAUAUGCCACCCCACACGUGUCUGGGAAUGACAUUUAAAUAAAUCAUGUGAUGCUGAAAUGGAA